GAGGCACGAGGCAUACAUGCGUUAUUCAUAAUUCGAAAUCAUCCUAGAUCACUCACACGCAGAGCGAUUCCCAGAAGAUUGUACAAUCGACGAGAACUGUAUCAGGCCAGUAGUGACACUGAUAUAGCACUGCUUACCCCUUUCAAGGGACAUGUAGAAUACCGGGCUCCGAAAACUGUACUUCGCUGAAGUUCGCCGCAUUAAUAUUGCUGGGAACCUCUGGAUCCAGCGCUCCUGUUAGCUCUCGAACCUCCUAUAUAGCAAUAAUCAACAAGCCCUAUACUUCAAGAGCAGACGUCAACGAUGAAUGAACACGCUGAGCGAGACAAGUCGUUUUAUUUCAACGACGACGUAAUAUUCCUCGUGGGAGGGUCAUUGUUUAAAAUACCACGUAAACCGUUUGAAGAAGGAUCGGAGGUCUUUCGUGACAUGUUCCAACUCCCUGUCUCAGCCGGCUGCGCUGCUGAAGGUCACGAUGAUUCAAAUCCCAUUCGUUUAGAGGGCAUCGAAAAGGAGGAGUUCAAAUAUUUUCUGAAAGUCAUGUUCCCAGCGCCAGAGUUCUCAGAAGUCUCUCUUACAGAGUGGACAUCAGUCCUGAAGCUAUCGAAGCUAUGGGCAUUUGAUGCCAUGCGAGAGAGAGCGAUAAACGUCAUGUCGACUAUCGCGAUUCCAUGUGCAAUGAAGGCGUCGCUUGCUAUCAAUUAUAAUGUUGAUAAAUGGUUGUUGCCUGCAUUAAAUGACCUGGCCAAGCGGAAGGAACCCAUAUCGAUAGAAGACGUGGAGCUUUUGGGAGUACAGGUUGCUUUAAAGAUGGCUGCCGUCCGAGAGAGUGUGAAAGCAUCCGAUUAUCAGCCUAAAAAUGGCCCAAUAAGGUCCGGUUAUCUACUGGUCGGGGAGAGGGACGCAAAAUAUGUCAAUUUUACGCACAGUAUAAUGGUAGUCCUUGAGAGUGAGCUGCGGGAAUGGCAACAUCAUGCGACGCCAUAGUGUAAAACAGGCCAGAUUCAAAUAGAGCUGUCUCAAUGUCCUUUUUUUUAAUAGCAUAUCUUAUACUGCAUUG